AUGGCUCCUAGACCGAGACCAGCAGCUCCUGCACCUACGUAUGCGGAUUUGUUUGGCGAUGGAUCUUCCUCUAGCAGUCCAUCGUCUUCUUCCAGGACAGUUCCAGACUCUCACACAUCUCGGAGAGUUUCUUCGACCCCUCCUCCUCUUCUAUCUCAGAUGCCUCCCCCACCAGCUCCACCUGUCGCCCCGGAUCAGCCUGCCCCACCGGCUGCAGUUCAUCCAGAUUUGCGGGUGCCAGCUCAUGCACCAUUCGCAAGAUACACCGUCGAGGAUUUGCUUGCCCAGCCCGGACGAGAGGGUUUACACGUUCUGGACCCCGAUAGACCCCCGGAGACGAUGAAGGGAUAUUAUGACGGCCCUUAUCCCAACUGGACCAUGACUCCCGAUCACGUCAAGACGACGUGGUUUAAAUGUUUUGCGCAAAGGUGGAACUGGUCCGUAGGAAUCACCGAGAGGGUGAAGAGCGAAUUUAUUGCAAAGGCGAAAACUCGUCUUUGCAACACCGUCUCCGAUUGGAUGGACAAGUGGGAGAUUUACGGCUAUGAGGGGAAGCCGAGCGGGGUCACAAAGGAAGCAUGGGAUGGCCUCAUCACCUAUUGGAACGAACCCAGCUCCAUCCGCAAAGCCAACUCCUGCUCCGCUUCCCGAAGAACGAGGGAUAAAGAUGGCCAUUUGCCCAUGGUUCAUAGAACCGGCCAAAAACCCCCAUGCCGGAAUUCCUCUCGAAGCUAUGGGGUUUUUGUGGAUCCUGCAUCCGAGAAACUCUUCAACGCUGUGGCGUCUCGGGUUGAAGAGCAAGAGACGCAACUUACCCAACAGGCUGCAGAUGGAUUACCCGUCAAGUUGUCAACCGAAGAGGUCGACCGGAUCUUCGAGGAGGUAGCUCCUAGAAAGAAGGGAAGGACGGUCGGAAUAGGUUUCGUUAACGAAGUUGCAAGGGCGACUUCGUCAUACUAUUCGAGACGGGACCAGGACAACGACCGGAUGCAGGCUCGCAUGGAUACCCAGCAGCAGCGUUUGGACUCUCUCGAGGGUUUGCUGGAUGUGAUGGCGGUGGGAAAUCUAACUUUGCAGAGAGCUUUGGCGGAGAGACGAGCAGCUCUCGGGAUGAGCCAGCCGGAUCCCGAAGCAGGAACGUCUACAGACCCGAACCCCUCAGCCAACUACUUCGAUGACGAUGAUGUUGGCCUUUAG